AUGGCAAACGUGUCGCUCACCGAUGCCGUCGCGAAGCUCCCCUCUUGCGCUCUCACAUGCGUCGCGAGUGCCGUCUCGACCUCGACGUGCUCGUUGACCGACCAAGUCUGCCUCUGCAACAACGACCCGCUUCAACAAAACAUAACAGAAUGCGUCCUCGCAGGCUGCUCCAUCAAGGAGGCCCUCUUCACCAAAAACCUCACAGAAUCGGCCUGCGACCGCCCCAUCCGCGACAAGUCCGGCACCCUCAUCACCCUCUCCAACACGCUCGGCAUCAUCACCGGCCUCUUCGUCUUGCAGCGCUUCGCCUUCAAGAUCUUCUCGCGCCUCGACAUCCACCUCGACGACUGGUUCACGCUGCUCACCACGCUCGUCGGCGUGCCCGCCACCGUCAUCAACCGCUACGGCCUGCCGCCCAACGGCAUCGGCCGCGACGUCUGGACGCUGACGGACCAGCAAAUCACCAACUUUGGCCGCUUCUUCUACGUCAUGGAGGUAAUCUACUUUACGCAGGUUGGGCUGCUGAAGCUCGCGCUGCUCUUCUUUUACAUCCGCAUCUUCUCCAGCACGGCCGAGUCGGUGCGCGCGCUGCUCUGGGCCACGACCGUCUUCACCGCGGGCUUUGGCAUUGCGUUCAUCGUGGCGGCAGUGUUUCAGUGCGACCCCAUUAGCUUCUUCUGGACCAAGUGGGACGGCGAGCAUCAGGGCCGUUGCAUGAGCAUCAAUGCAAUCGCGUGGUCCAACGCCGCCAUCAGCAUCGCGCUCGACGUCUGGAUGCUGGCCAUUCCCAUCUCGCAGCUCAAGCAGCUGCGACUGAGCUGGCGCAAAAAGGCCGGCGCCAGCAUCAUGUUUUGCACCGGCGCCUUCGUCACCAUCGUCAGCAUCCUGCGGCUCAAGCUGCUCGUCGACUUUGGCUCCGACUCCAUCAACCCGACGUGGGACAACUUUCAGAUAACAUGCUGGUCGACCGUCGAGAUGAACAUCGGCAUCAUAUGCGUCUGCCUUCCCUCGCUGCGCCUGAUGGUUAUCCGCACGUUCCCACGUGUGUUCAACACCAUAUACGGGGCCAACUCACGGCAGACGCGCCACAGCGACAUGUCCAAAGGCGACAAGGAGAGGCGUGAAGGGAGAGCAAACGACAAACGGGGCGAGCAGGACGAGGUUCAACUGGUGCCCAUCAGUGAGCCCGCGUCCAAAGCUUCCCAGGUGUAA